AUGCUAAAACGUCAUGAUGGCAAAGAGAGUGCUGGCAAAAUGAGUUUUCAUGGUUUGAAUGGUUUGCAUGCUUCUACUUUUCCAGUUUAUUCUGCCUUCAAAUCUAACAUGUCUGGUAAAACAAAAGGCAUUAAUGUUAUUAUUGAUUCUAAGGUUAAGAAAGAAGUUGAAGGUAACCGGGCUAAAUUAAGUUCAAUUACCGAUACGGUCUUAACAUGUGGUCGUUUGGGCUUAGCCGUUAGAGGUCAUCGUGAUGAUGGGCACUAUCAUCCUGAAACUGGUAAUUUUUCUGCAGGUGGUGUUGGGAAUUUUGUUGAACUUCUUAAUUUUAGAGUGCGUGCUGGGGACAAGAACAAGCUUAUUAAAUGCUGUGGUGAAGUAAUAACAGAUAAAAUCAUUUCUGACUUAAAAGCAAGCAGGUUCUACUCUGUAAUUGCUGAUGAGGCUCGAGACAUCUCAAAUACUGAACAGAUGUCUCUUGUUUUGCGUUUUAUCGACCAAAAUAUGGAUAUUAGGGAGGAGUUUGUUGGAUUUCUUCCUUGUAAAUGGGGCUUAAAAGGUGAACAGCUUGCUAAGGUUGUUCUUGAUGCUUUAGGCAACCUUGGUCUUUCUAUUGCUGAUUGUAGAGGACAGGGAUAUGAUGGGGCAGGUGCUGUUGCUGGUCAUAUUAAUGGGAUGGCUGCUCAUUUGCGUCGUUUGAAUGAUAAGGCUCUUUUUACCCAUUGCUACAGCCACAGAUUAAAUUUAGCGAUUUGUGAGUCUAUUAAUAUAAUGGAUUUUGAUUUUGUUGUUGCCCUGGUUAUUUGUAGAAAUGUGUUUGAUUCUACAAUUGGUGUUACUCAGCUUCUUCAAGGGAAGAGUAUUGACAUUAUGGAUGGUUUACAUCUUAUUACAUCGUUGAAAACUUUUGUUGUUAAUGUUAGGAAUUCCAUUGAUAAGUAUCACGAUACAUGGUAUGAAGAGUCUCGCACUGGCUCGAGAAUUAGAUAUUGA